AUGGGAAACAGCGUUAGUACCGACACCUGCCCCGACCUCACGUUCAUACGAGGAGCGGAACAAGCAGUGUGGGAGAAUCUGUUAGAGAACCUGGGUAGUGACCACUACAUACUCAAGACGCAAGUAACUUCGGACAGGCUAAGGCGUCAGCUGGGAUCGGCAAAAAUUACGGACUGGAGCGCUUUUCGAGAGGCAUGCGAUAGGAAUCUCGCCGAGAACGGGAUCCAAUCGAUGGAAGAGUGGGGGAAAAUGCUGAUUGAAAAACAGCGCAAGUACACUAAAGAAAUCGCGCGAACGACGCAGACGCCCGAGGUAGACGCCAGACUGCUCAAGCUGUGGGAAGCUAGACGCGGGCUCACCAAGAGGUGGAAGAAACAAAAAUACAAGAGGAAGCUAAAGACAAAGAUCGCAGAAGUCACAGCGAAAGCAGAGGAGUACGCGGCGCAAUUGGCAAGGCAAAAUUGGCAGCAACUCAGCGACUCCCUCAACGGAACUUUGAACACAGUGAGGACGUUGCAUAUCCUCAAGGCUCUCAUAGAUCCGACCAAGACCAAGGCAGAAAACAACAAAACCAUCUACCGGUUCAUCCACCAGAUCGACGGAUCAGACUCGGAACUCCUGGAGAAGGGACGCGUUAAAUGCUUCGGGGACACAAACCCAGCAGCUUACGCAGAGCGCUACCGAGGAAGAGAAAAUAGACCCAUCACGCGAGAAGAGGUCUACGCAGCGAUUCGAAACACAACCAGAAACACGGCCUCGGGUGCAGACAAGAUAAAUAACGCACUCAUCCGCAACCUCAGUGAAGAGUUAGUCGCAGAAUCACCCGACUUUCUCAACAAACACUGGGAAGCUGAGACCGUUCCGGAGGAGUGGAAGCAUGCGGAGGUAGUGAUGAUUCCUAAACCGGGGAAGAAACUGCAAAUUGAGAACCUCAGACCGAUCUCGCUCACAUCGUGCCUGGGAAAACUGUACGAAAGAGUGGUGACACUGAGACUACAACAGUACAUGGAGGACAACGAACUGUAUCCCCAAAUCCCCACCAGCGACGAGUUAAAGCUCAACGCCUACCUCGAGGGGAAGCCGAUACCGGAAAAGACGCUCAUCAUAAUCCUGGGGAUGUGGAUACAGUCAAACCAACGCUGCACCCACACCCUCGCCCUAAUCAAGGCAUCCACCCUAAAGGUGGCCCGCAUCAUCACGCGCAUCUCACACAGACGUCAUGGCAUGCGAGAGGAGGACACACUCAAGCUGGGCACAAGCUUGGUCGCCAGCCGAGUGGCAUACAGCCUUCCAUACUACAAUCCCAUCAAGAACGUGGUACCCGUCAUACCAAACCCAAGUGCGGAGCAAUGGGAGGGAGUGCUCUCCAGCGAUGGCCAGGUCGGCCAAGAAGGUCUGAUUCGGCGAGCACGACUGGCAGCAGCAUCCAGCGGAGCCCUGGACUAA